CAGCUGUGACGACACCAGACGAGCGGAAGCAGCUGAUUGGCUGGAGGAGUGAAGCGGCGUCAAUGGCGGAGUGAAGAGAAUCGUUUGUUUGGUUUUUUUCUGGAUUCACGUUUAUUUACCUCAGUUCCUGCUCCGACUCUAAUGGCGACGUUAGUUCUGGACAACGGAGCGAACACCGCGAAAAUCGGAUUCAGCCACGAGGCGGUCAGCGUCAUCUCGAACUGUCAGUUCCGCUCCAAGACGUCCAGGUUGAAAACCUUCACUGCCAAUCAGCUGGACGAGAUCAAGGAUCCUUCCGGUCUCUUCUACAUCCUUCCCUUCCAGAAGGGUUACCUGGUCAACUGGGAUGUCCAGAGGAAAGUGUGGGAUCAUCUGUUUGGAAAAGAGAUGUUCAAGGUGGAUUUUACAGACACCAGCAUCCUCAUCACGGAGCCUUACUUCAACUUCACCUCCAUUCAGGAGUCGAUGAACGAGAUCCUGUUCGAGGAGUAUCAGUUCCAGUCGGCUCUCAGGACAAACGCCGGCUCUCUCAGCGCUCAUCACUACUUCCACACCAAGCCCUCCGAGCUCUGCUGUCUGCUGGUGGACAGUGGAUUCUCCUUCACACACGUCGUCCCCUACUGCCGCAGCAAGAAGAUGAAGGAGGGAAUCCGCAGGAUCAACGUGGGAGGGAAGCUGCUGACCAAUCACCUGAAAGAGAUCAUUUCAUAUCGUCAGUUACACGUGAUGGAUGAAACUCAUGUGAUCAACCAGGUGAAGGAAGACGUCUGCUACGUCUCGCAGCAGUUUUAUAACGACAUGGAGGUGGCACAAAAUAAGGGCGAGGAAAAUACUGUGAUGGUGGAUUAUGUUCUUCCGGAUUUCAGCUCCAUUAAAAAAGGCUUCUGCAAGCCCCGGGAGGAGAUGGUGUUCACUGGAAAGUAUAAGACAGGAGAGCAGAUCCUGAGGUUGGUCAACGAGCGCUUCGCUGUUCCCGAGAUGCUCUUUCACCCGUCAGACAUCGGCAUCCAGGAGAUGGGCAUACCAGAGGCCAUCGUCCACUCCAUCCAGUCUCUGCCAGAAGAGAUGCAGCCCCACUUCUACCAGAACAUCGUCCUGACUGGAGGAAACACUUUGUUCCCCGGCUACAGGCAGCGACUGGAGGCCGAGCUGCGAUCGCUCGCCCCGGCCCAUCUCCCCGUGUCAGUCCUGCAACCUGCGAAUCCCAUCUGUUACUCGUGGGAAGGAGGGAAGCUCCUGGCCCACAACCCAGACUAUGACGAGAUGGUGGUGACCAGAGAGGACUAUGAAGAAAACGGACACUUUGUUUGUGAAGAAAAGUUUGACCUUUGACGUCUACAUGGAACUUAAACUCCAGACUGUAUCAGACUUCUGAUAAACUCUAUAUGCUUUGAACGUGAUUCUGAAAAAGGAUUUCCAACCAGUGAAAUAAAAACUUCAAAGGGUU